AUGAACUGCCACGAGCACACCUGGUCACCUUACUCAUCGCAUCAACGAAACCAAGCCAAAGGGUACGUCAGAACAGCUCUCUCCUUUGGUUUGAUGGACGGGCGCGGCGACAUAUUGUCCAAUUUGCGCCAAAAUGUGGAUCGCAGGAACAAUCUUGCAUUUCUUGCGUCCAAGCAGGUGUCGCAACGAGAUCCAACGAUCAAGUUAAUAGAUUUGGGGAUCACUUCGCUGACUCAGGAAACGAUUGAUCUUUUGUUGUCGGUCGAGCGCCUUUCGCUGCAGAAGAACUUGCUAACUUCUUUACCGGAGGGCUUUAACAAGCUCGCGGAACUCAGGUAUCUCGAUUUACAUGACAAUAAGCUCCAGGAAAUCCCAGCAACGCUGAUGCAGUGCCAGCGGCUUGAGAUCCUCGAUCUGUCGUCGAACUACAUAACACAUCUACCUCACGAAUACUCGCGUGUAUGGUGUGAGAAUAUCAAGGUUCUUUCGCUCAAGAACAAUAGCGUUUCCUCGAUACGCGAACUUUACCCCGCCAUUAUGUCGUUACGAAGUCUGAAGAUCCUGGAGAUAGAGGGCAACCAGUUUCCGGCUGAGGAGCUCGAGCAGAUUAAGAGCGAAGUGCCGCCAUCCUCACUGCCGGACUCUGUUUCUCCAGACGAAUACUGGUGCGUGGCCCUGCGCAAGCAUUUCUCAGACAACAAGAUUAGCAAGGCUGCUAAACGGAGAGGAUUCAUCAAUGUUUCGGAGGAGCAACAUCGACAAGAGGAGCUGUACAGCAACAACAAAUACAAUGAUUACUUCAAGCGGUUGUCUGUCUUGCCAGAAGAAACAACAUCACAGCGUGUGACUCAGGAUGAACUAGUUGUUGCAUGCCGCAAACUACUAUUUAGCUUUACGGAAUGUCAACAAAGUAUUCGGAAGAUUACGUCGUUGUGCGAGGAUAAGGCGGUUGCCGUGAAUUCAGUAUCUCUUCUGUACAGCGUGAGAUCUCAUAUUGACAACUUAGUUGAGCUCCUGGAACAAAGCGAGAGCCCCACUUCCGCCAAGAACGACGUGAUGGUGAAGCUAUGCCUUACCAUAAUAAGCAUAUUCAAACAAAUUUUUGCAUUGUUGCGCAAGAACUUCAAAUCAUUCUUUCAGGGAAAUGAUAUUUGUUUCGCAAGGAUAUUUUAUAUGAACAUACUGUGCUCCUACACCGAAAUGUACAACGCCUGGAGUCAAAUUACACCUCAGGAUUCCAUCGCUCCUGUGAAGAAGAGGAUUGCCAGGACCCAUUCCUUGAGCGUUUCUCAAGGAUUUAAGCAUAUAACACCGCGCUCCAGAAGCAACACGCUACAACGUUCGGCCACCGGGAAUUCUGCACACCCCACCACAUCCCCAAUUCCUCAAAGUAGUAACUUACGUUCUGCUCCUGGAUCCGUCAUGACGACGCCCCCUCCAUCCCAAAGCAAUCUGGCAGGAGAAGUCAGGGCAGCAAACGACGGUUCACCUAGCUUUAAGCCUGAUCUGACGCAGCAGUCGCCGCACGCAGGUCGGAGGGCGGCCGACGUGCCGCCCCAAGCUGGCACUCCUGCUGUUCCAGUUGUCGAUAACAAAAUGGGGCCUGAGGAUCAAGGAAGUGCUGACAUUGAUGCGCAACUGUAUCACACUCUCAACACAGUCAUUUCAAUGGUGACUGUAGUUUAUUCUCAGUUGACUUCCGCAAUCACGAAAAGUGCUAUCGCCAGUACGAAGACAACAGAGAUGUCGAGCAUAACAAGUUCAAUAGCCGCCAAAAUCAAAGAUUUGACAGACACGUGUUUCCAAUCCAUGGAGCUAUCAAAACUAUUGAAAGGGAGGUUAUCAGAUGUUUCACUUGGCAAGUCCGAGGUCUUUUCCACUACGGCAGAGAAAGCAAAAACCUGGGAAAGCAUAAACGCAUUUUUGAAAUCAAUCAUAUCAAUUCUCGCUAACACAAAAAUUAUCAUGAAAGAUCUCCCUAUAUUAAACGAAGUGAGGCCCAACCUUGCAUCCCUUGCUAAAAUCACAAAAGAUGUCACUGUAAUUCUAGAUUUGAGUUCUUACAGAAGUAUUUCACAGGCUGCUCAACAGCAGUCACAAGAAACUGCUACGGUAAAACAGCAGUCGCACCCUCAAGCUUCUGGGAUGCUAGAAGAGAGCCACAACCCUAUACUAGUCACUCCUCUUUCGACUCCCUCUCUUGUCACAGUUCAUGCAUCCAACCCAUUUGAUCAAUUUUAG